AGCGUGGGCGGUGGCUCCGUGCUUGUCGAGGAGAACUCCGCUCUCGCUUGCAGUCCAUACCUCCACCUCUAUAGGCAACAGGGAGAGCAAAUGUAGCGGCCACGGGGGAAGGAUAGUAGUGGGGACGGUUUAAAAAGUCGAGAGGGAAGGAACUCAAGAAAGCGAGCUCAAUUACACGCAUACCGAAAACUAAAUGCAACGUAUUUGCGGGAGAGAAGGAUUUCAGAAGUAACAAAUAGGGACGGUCUAUGAGUUUGAGGCAGCGCUUUUCUUCUGUCUUCUUCCUACCGAGUGAAACUUUGGAAAUUACCGACUUUAGGUUGUCCGAUAGUGUGCCUUUGCCGUCAUAACAACAGUGUAACGGUACAUCACAGAUGAAGAACUUUAAACGUGAAUAGCUCACUGCCCGGUGAUAAAACGAAGCCGGGUAGCUAAAAACUAGUCGCAAAGGCGAUGGCUGGCCCCGGGAAGAGGAGUAUGGCUGGUUGGACAUUUUUGAGAGACUCCCUGAUACUCUGCCUGUUCACCGGAAGUGGUGAGGCACAGUGUGACGGCUGUGUAGAGUACUGUUGUGAUGGCACCCCUCCUUUCUGCUGCUCAUACUACGCCUAUGUGGGAGACGUCCUCUCGGGCACGGCGAUCUCUGGGAUCGUGUUUGGCGUUGUGUUCCUGAUGGGGGCGGUGGCGGCCUUCUUCCUGUGCGUGUGCAUGUGCGUGAAGAACGGACGAGGAGCACGCGUGGGCGUGUUCAGCACCUCCUGUGUCAACACAGUAACCCAGGGUUACCCGGGUCCCCCACCUCCCUACAACUAUGAGAUGUACGCCUCGGCUCUGCGCCCCCCUCCAUACACCCCGAACCCACCCAGGACGGCCAACUACUCCCCGCCCCCUCCCUACCCAGGUUCCAUCCCCAACCGCAAGUGAGCCCAGACCUACAUGACCGCCAGGGAAACACCCCCCCCCCGCCCACCCAAGCGGCCUGGCUGUCACAUGGCCACAGAGUGGAUGACACAGGAGCAUCGCACAUUCGAAACGAGCCCCCCCCCCCCCCCCCCCCCCCCCCCCCCCAAAGCUGCAAUGAACCCGUUUGGAUUUGCCUGUGUCAUAUAUUCACAAAGACUGGACCACUCCAUCAUCCAAUCCAUGCGGGGGUGUGGGUUGAUUGGUGUCUUAGGGGCAGUGGCCCCUGGAGGUGAACUGUUAUGUGCAUGUGUGGCGCAUGCUAAGUACCCUCUCUGGGAGGUGGACCUUCUGUAACAUGUUCUCUCUGGUAGAGAUGCCUGUUGGCGGGCCAUCCAUCAGGCCCAGCACCCUAACCCUGUUUAGGUUUCAUCUAGACUGAGGGGAACGUGUGUGAAGGUUUAUUGAUUUUGACUUCAAUAAAUGGAUGGCGCACGUGUCUGCCAGUGCACAACUGAGACUGGUCGGGAUCCGAUCUUGAAGCUCUGGAGAUCAAUAGGUUGAUGAUGAAUCCUGUGGUGUGAAAUUACAUUUUACAGCAGACAUUUUUCAUCUUUUUUCGUAUGUUGUUGCUAUGUAUACAGUACGUGUGGUGUACAAUUGAAUAAAGUUUAGUUGUGAAUUGUAUUUUGACCUCAA